AUGCCGCAAGCCGUGAUCACAUCAGAGCCCGUAGAGGCGCCCGAUAAAGAAGCCGAGAUCAAGCGCAAUCCUCACGAAGACUUUGCCGCCGUGGAGGCCAGUAGGCCACCGUACAACCCGGCUCUGAAAUGGGAAAUGUCAAAGACGCCGAGACCAGACUGGAAAGUCGGCGAUGGCGCAACCACUGAGCACUGCAAGGACCGCAAGUUCCUGACCAUCGAUCCACAAGAAGAUGGCCGCUCCGUCGUACUCAACUAUAAGCUCAUGAUCUCAUGCACGGUACCGAGGCCGAUCGCAUUGGUGAGCACUGUCACCGAGGACGGACAGACGAAGAAUCUGGCGCCAUUCUCGUACUUUCAGUGUGUUACAACUGAUCCUCCGACGUAUUCGCUCUCAUGCUCAGGUAGAGAAGCAAACGAUACUCUCACCAAUAUUAUGGCGACCAAGGAAUGCUGCAUUAGUAUGACUAGCGAUUGGCUGAUUGAGGCUGCCAACUUUACGUCUGUGAAUACGCCACGUCAUAUAUCUGAGUGGGAGUUGUCAGGAUUGACCCCAGUACCGGGAGACAUUGUAACGGCGCCGUAUAUUGCAGAAUCGCCCUUUUCUGUGGAGUGCAGACUGCUCCAUCAUCAGGAUCUCUUCAGUGUCAAGGACUCGAGCGUGCGGACGGCUACCCUGAUGAUUCUCCAGGCGGUGCGCUUUCACAUAUGGGAGGACGUGCUCAACGACGACCGGGCGACGGCAGAUAUGGCCAAGCUUCGCCCCGUCUUCCGCGCUGGCGGCAUCACCUACGGAACCUGCUUCAAUGGUUUUGAGAUACCGCGACCGGAAGCAUUCAGACACGUCAGAAAGGAUCCAGAGGUGGAGGCGAUUGUGCAGAAGGCUCAGGCGGCGAAAAAGUCGUCGACCAUGUAA